AUGGACGGCGGCUCCUCCAGCCUCCCCCUCCCCCAACUACCGCCGCCGCAGGUCAACCUCCGCCGCACCGUGCCGCCGCCCGGCCCGCCGGUCCAGGCUGCUCCUAGGGUCCAACUGUUCCGCGCCCCUGCACCCAUCCCCAUCUUCUCCUCCAAGCCCCGCGCCGCCGUGAGGUCCCCGAUUCCUCCCCCUCCUCAUGCUGCUGCUGUUGCUUCAGCUCCCGCUCCCGCUCCCGCGGCGGCUACAGUGCAGGCCCCACCUCCGCCGCCGCCUGCGUCGCCCGCCUCCACCGACCAGCCGCCCCAGCAGCAAGCUGGCACGAUGGCUCCGCCUCCGGCUCCAGAACCGGCGGGGAAGAGGGGGCCCAAGCCUAAGGCACAGUCGAAUGAGCAAAACAGUGGAGAAUAUUCUCAAUCUGAAAACAACAUGGUAGAGACUGCGCAAGGGCAUGAUAAGGAGACUACCCCUGGACCUGUAAAAGCUAUCAAGAGGAUAAAAAAGCAAAAAGCUUCUAAACACAACUUGGGCAACACAAAUUCUGGAGCAAUUGAAGGUCUGCUGACGAAGAAGUUCAUCAACCUGCUUCAAGGAGCUGAAGAUGGGACCCUUGAUUUGAAUAAAGCAGCUGAGACGUUGGAGGUGCAAAAGAGGAGGAUGUAUGAUAUAACAAAUGUUCUAGAAGGUGUUCAUUUAAUUGAAAAGGGACUUAAGAAUAUGAUUCGCUGGAAGGGAUUUGACAUGUCGAAGCCUAAGGAAAUAGAAUGCCAAAUUUCUUCAUUGAAGGAAGAACUUGAAUCUCUUUAUGAUGAAGAGUUCAGGUUGGAUGACGAAAUAAGGUUGUUAUAUCUUUUGAAGGAAGAUAUAAAUAAGAUUCCUCGCUUUCAGGAUCAGUACAUGUAUGGGAAUCUGGGUUUGCAAGAGAAGCACUACAAAAUUGUCCUGAGAAGUUCAAUGGGUCCUAUUGAUUGCUAUUUGAUAAGUGACCGUCAGGAGAUAUUUAACCCAGACCAGCUGGUGGCAGCAGACAGAUUAGAACCUGCGGUUGCUACUGAUAGUUCUCAAGCUUUGCAGCAGAUGGAUUGUGAUCUAAAUCAGGCACCGGAAAAGGAAUGGAUCAAUGGUGGCUGCAUGCAUACAACUGAACCAUCCAGAAAGCAAGACAAUGGCAUUCUGAGAAUCGUUCCAUCAGAUUCCGAUGCUGAUGCUGAUUACUGGCUCGCUUCUGGCAUUGAUGCUAGUAUGACAGAUGCGUGGGGCACAUAG